AUGCCCCCUAUCUUUUACAAGCAGCCAAUACCGGUGAACAUAAAAGCUCCAAAAGGGCGGAUUGUACCUCUGCAAGCACCGCAAAUUCACUUAGGCAAGUCUUUAGUGGCUCUAACGGCACAUCGCAUCAGUUCAACUGCACUUACAAAUCUCCGAAUGGCAUUAAAACGUUAUCUGGGUAAAAAAAACGAAUUUUUAGUUCAUUGUCAUGCCACGUAUCCUGUCACUAAGAAGCCAGAUGGGAUUAAAAUGGGCCAAGGAAAGGGUGCUAUUAAGGAUCAUGUUGCACGAAUACCUGCUGGGUUUGUCAUCGCUAGAAUUCCACAAAUUAGCCCUUUUAUGACUCAAAAAUCGAUUUAUGUGGCACUACAGCGUGUAACAUCAUUACUACCCAUCCCUUGUCAAUUUAGAAGUCAACAAAACAACUUCCCUUCACAAUCUCUUGCUAAGAUAACUAUGCUUAAGGAUCAAAUUGAUCUCAGGCGUAGUUUGGAGUGGAAAAGGAAACAUUUAAGUAUUUAA